ACGGAGAAACGGAGAAGAAGUCGUCAAUGGCGAAAUGGGAAGGUAAGGUUUCAGCAACUCUAACAAAAGCAAGUGCUGAUCAAAUAUGGCCUUUGUUUAAAGACUUCUUCAACUUCCACAAAUGGUUUCCCAACAUGUCCAUUUGUUAUGGGGUCCAUGGCGUAAAUGGCGAGGUUGGUGGUGUACGUUACUGUUCCGGUUUCUCCCUUCCAAAUCAAGACGGUGGUGUUGAUAACGUUAGCUGGUCCAAGGAGCGGCUAGUAGCCGUUGAUUCGAAGCAGAUGUCGAUGAGCUACGAGAUGGUCGACUGCAACGUUGGAUUCAAGUCGUAUCUUUCCACAAUUAAAGUGGUUCCUAGUGGUGGUGCCAAGGGGUGCGUGGUCGAGUGGUUGUUUGCCGUUGAUCCAGUCGAAGGGUUAACGUACGAGGUUUUGUAUCAAAAGUAUCAAGAUGGUCUCGAUCAAACUACAAAGAAAAUGGAGGAUGGUCUAGUUCAGUAAGGUUCGAUUAAAUCCGAAAAAUGAAAUAAAUGUGUUCAG